UUGCCAUUUUUGAUUUGAAAUAAAAGUUGCUUACUCAGUUGACCCUUACAUUUCCCCCCUCUUUCAUUUUUUUUGAACAGUCCCCCCUCUUCUCUUUCAUAUUUGCCCUAAACUAACCAAAUCUGACCCCAAAUCUCGCAUUCAUUUCACUUCAGGAUGGAUAAGUCAGUAGCUGGGUUCGAGAAGUGUAAUGAUAGAAAAGUGGACAUGUCACAAGAUAGGAUACAACGUAACCGAGGUGACCCCUUUCCCUUUCCCGGGUUUAUCGUGAAUAACAAAGUUGAUUAUGAAGAUCAUACUCCUAUUGGAAAAAUGCUGUGUGGCUCUGUUCCUGAUUCUGCUAAAUCUAGUGAACAAAGCUCAAGCACUGCUACCACAAAAACCCCACCUGCCGAACCAUCUGUGUCUCCUGAAAUUCAGUCCAAUUUGUGUCGGUCUGUUCUUGUUUCAGGAGCUGCACCUUCCACUUGUUAUGGUUUCGGGCAUGUAAUAUCUGGUGUCGUUGAUAAGAGAAAAUGCAAGGCUAGGGGAAUCCUUUCGGUAGGACAUAAAGAACCUCUUGAACAGGAGAUUUCUGGAGACAGUAUUCAUUGUUUUAGUAAUGAUAAAAGAGGGAAAGAUAUCUUUUCAAAGUCUAGACCCUCGAUGAUUCCUUUUCCGGUUGAAGCUUCAAUAAGUUGGCAUUUGUCACCAUCUUAUGUUGAUAAAGAUGAAAAUGACAAUUUUGUUAGGAAAAUCGAUUCCCCAAAACCGUUGCACCAGUCCUGGAAUAUAGUUGAAUCUUCCCCUUCUUCACCCUGUGAGUCUCCUUGUACGCUUAGCAGUCCUGAUGCUCAAGGAGUAUUAGAGACGUCGUCAGAGAAAGUUGUAAAUAAAUUAUCUUCAACUUCUCCUUGCGAUGAACAUGUUAUGCUACCAGAAGAGAGACCAUCAUCAUUUGAUUUCAGUGGGGAAAGUUCUCCAUUUUCUGCAAACUCGUUAGGCAGUGGGAACGUCAUGCAAACUCCGAACUCAGAUUCAAGUUUAGAAAGGCAUGCACCUUUAUCUUGGAUGAAUGAAGGCAUGACGUUCGAAACUGAACUUGAUCAGGUGACCAAUGAUCUUCAUCAUAAAAGCUUAUUUCCCAAGGACAAUUCAUCACCCUGGGAUCCAUCUAGGCUGAAUGUUGAGUUGGCAGAAUUAUCCUCACUUUCUGAUCUUAUAAACCCCAAGAGUUUUAUAGAAAGCUUGGAUGUCCAUGCAUCAUGGAUUUCUAACUCAACUUCAGAGAAUGUAUCAGAGUCACAAAUGCGUGUGUCUUGGAGGGAUGGACUCAUAAGUGGUUCCUUUGAUAAGGAAGAUUUGGAUUGCUGUAGAUUGUUGUCAGAUGAAGAAACGGAUGCUGAUGGACUUUUAAAGUCUCCCAGGCUUACCGAGCAUGAAGUGAAGGAAGAGGGGAAUGGUAAAGGAACUUCAUUUCCUACUCCCCUCAAUCCUUGUGCAGAGUCAAUAUGCAGUGAUGAUGGUGGAGUACUUGCGUCUGACGACUCAGGCUGGACUAUGUAUUACAAAAACCGAUCAUUUGCAAUUUGAAUUUUGCCUUCUGUAUUUAUUCAAAGCACGGCGGAGUGGACGGACGCCACCUUUGGCAGCAUGAGACCCAAGCCACGGUGUAUGCCGCCAAGCAACAUUGCCAUCACUGCCAGCAACCACUUUGUGGCCGCCAACAGCAAGCUCAAAUAACCACUUGUUUGGUACCAUUUGCCACAUAACAAAGCAACCCUUCUGUGGCAUCCCAAUAUUACUGAUGGUGGUUGAUCCGUUUGAGCUGAGUUCAUCUACCAUGGCCAUGGUAACUUUUCCAGUGGCAUACAUAUUCCUUACUGUCCCUUCUAGCUUCCUGCAACCAGUGGCUGCCGUGAAAUGUUGUAUUAUGUAUUGUGCUGAUGAUGAAACCUACAAAACAGAACGGUUCACAGUUAUACAAUCCAUAUUCUUUUUUAUUUAGA